AUAAACUUUUUUUGUUAUGCUUCUCCAAGAAACUCUUUAGCUGCGAUCUGCGAUGUGAACUGCUUCAUUAAUAAGAGUCGAGAAUCGUUAACAACUACAAUUCUAUUGGAAAUGCCCAGUUAGUAAAAAAAAAGUGGGUAACAUCAUCAAGUCAGUGCUAAUACUAUACUGUCACAUCAAUAAUUUAAUCUUUUAUCCAUUUUAAGUGCUCAUAUUGGCUGUAAACAAAUCCAAAUCCACAGUAAUUAUUGUAUUUAGUUAGCUCAUAUCUUUCAGUUCAGCUCAGUUUGGUGAGUGCAAGUGUAGGAAUUUGUACAAUAAAAUUAACUGCAUAAUAUAAAUGCGCAUUAAAUAGCUGCACAACAUGUGAUUACGUACGACGCGAUAUAAAUUCACGACUUGUGAAGUGAGGUAACCCGACUAACUAACCAAUUGCGCGUCGCUCCUUUGUUGUAAAUCUGAGGAUCUGUUUUAUUUUUAUUGUACGACAACGACUUCGAGUCGAAGCAACGCUUUGAAUUUUGUGGGUUUUCUAUUAAAUUCAUUCACGCAGGUUGAACAAUUAAACUUGCUGCUAAAUGGUUUUACUUGUACUGUUGUUGUAACGAAGUAGAUUUUUAGGAAAGUGUUUAUAUGCUCAAAUAUUUACCAAAUUGAAAAAAUGAACGCAAAUAUCGUAAGCAUUUUAAGCUGGUCGAAACCAGCAAAAUCCGCCUUAGUCUUGGUCAGCAUCAACUUUAUUUUGUGGAUUUUAACUCGUCAAAGGCCUUUCUAUGUUUUUCCCAUGAUCGUCCUGAUGUGGUAUGGUCGACAACUUUGGCGUUAUCGAAUCCGAAAUACGGUCCUGGUGGACCCUCCGGAUCAUGAAGAAUGGAUCACACUUUCUACUUACGACCUUCAACAGGCCACGACUACCCUUGUUGUGGACCUUUUUAACCAAUGGAUGGCCUUGAGACACAAUAAUCAUCUUUUGUGGACCAUUGGAACGUGCACCGGAUGGAUAAUGCUGGCCAAGUUGGGAAUGGAGAUGGAUUUCCUCACCGUUCUGUUUAUCCUCUCCAAUGCAGCCUUUGUCGUCUUCCCCGCUCUUGAAUUCCUUCCAAAGGUUGAACAUCCGUCGGAACAGUCACAAUCUCAAGCUAAUUUUGCCUCUGACCAAACUCUGUUGUCGACUUCAUCGUCACGACCACGUUCAUCAUCGCCUCCACCACCUUACGCAGCAGCAUCGCCUGGUCCAUCGCCUGUUCUCAUUUCAACCACACCAGUACCACCCCUCUCACCACUUUAUGACCUUUACGAAGGCAUCGUAACUAGGUCCAUCUCAGCCGCAGCUGCAAGUCUGAUGUUGAACAGUCCAGCAGGGGCGGUGUUCAACAUUGGAGGAAGCGUCUCAACCGUCAGCACUAGUAUAACCACUCCAGGGAGAGAGGAAGGUCAAGAUCUAUUGGAUCCAGUCAUAGGCCCAGAAACCUUAUCCCCAGCCAUCUCACAAAUGCCAGACGUUGAUUCCGUUGUCGACUCUGAUCCUGAGGACGAGUUUCUAUUUGACGCGAAACAUUUUGACAAGUCUUCUUCUUCCACAAGUGUUUCGACUUCGUUUGAAAUUAUUGACGACGACCUGUUGUAACUGUGCAGAGUAUUUAUCUCAAGUAUUUAUCUACCAAUGUCGUUAUUGAAUAGUUAUAGCUUCUUCUGGUCAUUUGUUAAAGUCUCAAAAACCAAUGAUGUGCAAUACGUACGUAUUUAUAUCUUAUACAUAUAUUACUCUAUUAUCUCAUGACAUCAGCAGCAACAAAAAUUGUAAAAACGUUUUAAUUAUUACUGUAUCUACUAAUUACCGAGAAGCAUUUACAUAUUUAAAAAUUUUACUCUUACUCUACAUUAAAGUGCAGCAGAAAACAAGCAGAUAAGCCGUUUACGAUAUAUGUGAUCAUUAAUUAUUUUGUGAGUUUAUACGUUACGAAUAAACGAAUCACAAUUGGAAAGUUUUGAAUGUGAAAAUAGUU